CUUAUUUUAUUAUUGGGUAAUUAUAUGAAUGGGAGUACUCAUAAAGGUGGCGCGUUCGGUAUCAAAAUUUCUAGUAUUAAUAAACUUGUUGAUACUAAGGCAACUCAUAGUAGUUCGCACACAUUACUUCAUUUCCUAUCAAAUAUUGUUGAGGAUAAAUUACCACAUGUAUUACAGUUUAUUGAUGAUUUAAAAGAUUGUGGAUCUGCAUGCAGAGUUUCACAACAAGAGAUGACCAAUGAAUAUAGAAUUAUGGGAACAAAGUUGAAUGAUCUUUCUGUUGAACUUCAAAAACAUUUUACAGAUGUCGAAUUAGAAAAAAAUGAUAGGUUCCCUAGUGUAAUGAAAAGCUUUGUCAUCAAUUCGCAACAGAAGUUUGAAGAACUUCAG